AUGUUGUCAGCUCCCUGUCUGUCGUUUCUGUUAUUUCAGGUUUUGUGCCUAUUUGCGCGAGUCAAUGCCCAGCAGCCGAGACCAUAUUGGAGGGAAACCAUCACCAGAAGAGGCAGUGUAACGUUCCAGCCAAAUACUAACUACCCUUACUAUCGCAAUGUCAAAGACUUUGGCGCCAAAGGCGACGGGAUUACAGACGACACGACGGCGAUCAACAAUGCAGUGGCUUUCCCUGGAACCCUGGGAAAACCGCCCCACGGCAAUUCAUCACGGUGUGGCGGCGGCGUCUUUCCCGCUGGCCAGGAUUGCGGAUCGUCGACAAUUCAACCUGCGAUUGUCUACUUCCCAGCUGGAACUUACAGAAUCUCGAAUGCUAUUGUCUUGUACUAUAUGACACAGGCUAUCGGGGACGCCAUAAAUCCGCCCACGAUUUUCGUUGCGGCAAACUACACCAAGUCUAACCAGAUCAUAGGUGUAUCGGCAUUUGAUGCCAACAUCUAUAUCCCGGGAUUUGGCGGCGCCGGCAAGACCUGGUGGGACAAUCAAAACAACUUUUAUAGGCAGAUUCGCAAUUUCAACUUUGACUUGACGCAGGCUCCUAAUGACACGUCCGCUAUUCAUUGGCAAGUCGCUCAAGCAACAGGCAUGCAGAACAUCCGAAUCAAUAUGCGGCCCAAGAGCGCGGCUGGUAACACUCAAGUGGGGAUCAACAUGGAGAACGGAUCCGGGGGCUGGUUCAGCGAUAUCACCAUUAAUGGCGGCUCGAUCGGCAUGGUCCUUGGUAGUCAGCAGUUCACGUCACGAAACAUUGUCAUAGAUGGAUCACGCACUGCCGUCAAAUUCGUCUUCAACUGGGUAUGGCUCUUCAGUCAAGUGAUCAUAACGAACUGCGACAUAGGCUUCGACUUAUCCAAUGGCGGAUUUGGCAACCAGGCAGUAAGCGUUGUCAUGAUCGUGGAUAGCCUGGUCUCGGCCACGUUGGGCGUUCUGUCUGUAUACGCUCCUGGCUAUAGCUCACCGCAGUCAGGCGGCUCGCUAAUGCUGGAGCGAGUCGAUUUUACUGGCUCACCGACUGCUGUUGCGGUUGGCAUGGAUGCAAGCUCGCGCGUCAUACUUCCAGGGGCCCAAUACAUUCAACUGUUCGGACAAGGCAAUGCCUGGACAUCGGCCGGACAAGAGCAAAACGGGCAAAUUUUCAAUGGCACGUCCUGUGUUUUCCAGAAUGCAUCCCAGCAGGUUCGUGUUGCACAGGAACUUACUAUUCAGCGCCAGUUGGCCCCGAUUCCGAGGCCAGCCAACCUGGUUGAUCCGCGAGGGAACUGGUUUGGACGACCACGGCCGCAGUACGAGGACUUGACAGAUGACAGAUUCCUGAGCGCUAAAGGGUUUGGACUGAAGGCAGACGGAGCCACAGAUGAUUCGGAUGCAAUGCAACAGUUCUUCAACGCUGCAAGCGCGAGCGGACAAGUUGCAUAUCUUGACAAGGGUGCCUAUAUUGUCGAGAAAACAGUUCAAAUACCAAAGGAUCUCAAGAUUGUAGGCGAGCUCUGGAGUAUCAUCAUGGCUCGAGGUCCGCUAUUUAGCGACAUGCGGAACCCCAAGGUGAUGUGGAGGGUGGGUGAACCCGGCGAGCUUGGUACCGUGGAGAUGGUGGAUAUCGUGUUCGAAACGCAAGGGCCCUGCCCCGGUGCCAUCUUAGUGGAAUGGAACAUCAAGCAAGCGAUUCCGGGUGCGGCGGGUAUGUGGGACGCCCACUAUCGCAUCGGCGGCACCGCAGGCACUUUACUUGAAGUCGAUACCUGUCGCAAAACACCAGGCGUGCGAAUCACUAAUGACGCGGACGUUGUUAAGAACUGCUUCGGGGCGUUCUUACUCCUCCAUGUUACGCCUCAAGCGAACAUUUACAUGGAGAACGUCUGGGGCUGGGUCUCUGAUCAUCAGCUGGAUGCCCCCGAUAGGGACCAGAUCUACAUCUUCAAUGGACGAGGCUUCCUCAUUGAGAGUGAAGAAGGACCCAACUGGCUCUGGGGAACCGCAGCGGAACACUCGGUGCUUUACGACUACCAAUUCGUCAACUCCAAGAACACUUGGCUAGGCGUGAUCCAACACGAGACCGCGUACUAUCAGGGAAAUCCCACCCCGCCAGAUCCCUUUGUCGUCGAUCCGAGAUACCAUGAUCCUGACUUCUCGGACUGUGAAAGAGGAAACUGUGCUCGAACUUGGGGACUCCGGUUUGUCAAUUCGCGCAAUAUCUAUAACUAUGGAUCCGGUCAUUAUACGUUCUUCAACAACUGGGAUGCUCCCGGCUGUCUCGGCACCGAGACGUGCCAGGAGAGGCAGGUCGACUUUCGAAACUCGACCGACAUUUGGCUCUGGGGCAUGAGUACCAAGGGAGCUGAGUACAUGAUCAGCUGGGAAGGCACGAGCCUAAUUCCUCAGGCCGUCAACAAGGCGGGCUUUACAGAGACGAUCUUGCUUUUCGAAUUGACAGCAAAUCAGUAG